GAACAUUGAUCAAUCUUACUUGGCUGAGCAGCUGAAUUUGUUGUAGCUGUAAUCCUGGACCAGUCAUGAAUUUGAAUACCAUUGGAGCAGUGGCAUUACCUCCUGAGGAAGCUAACUUUAACAAGCUUUUUUAUGGGAUCCUUAUUUCACAACAUUCAAUGCAAGAAGUCUUAAAAAAAGUGAGGAAGAAGCAAAUCGACCCUCCACUGACCUCCUGUCAUGUUGAUGGUGCUCAGGCUGUGAGAGAUGUCAGCCAUGUGAAAAAUGGUAUCAAGAAAGAAUUAAGUAAUGGUAUGUCCCAAUAUGAAAUAGAUUGCGACAUGCUGUCUGAAGUCAUCUUUAAAAUGAAUGUUCAUACUCAGCCUAGUAAGUCAGGAGGGUUGUGUUUAUUGGUUGAGUUUAACAUCAAACCUCACAGUCGAAAAUUUCAUGACAGUCUUCAAAGCCCCAUAUUAAACAAAAUACUUCAUUUGCUACAGAAUGCAAUUUCUCAAGAAUUUUAUCACCCCAUAACAAUAGCACAAGAUGCCUUCAAAGCUCCUGAACAAGAUGUUUCCCUGAUUUAUGUUCUGGGAAAGUUGAGUGGAGAAAAUUUUCCCUUAGAGAAAUGUCAUCAAUUGUGUUACAAAUUGGAGGCAGAAAGCCAUUUUGGGGAUCAGUUCAAGGAGUUCAGUGGUAACUCUAUGGAGACUAAACCUGAAAAUGAAAAUGAGACUUGUACACCCAACAUUCAGUGCAGUAGUAAUGAGCGGUUUAAUAAAUCUCUGAUAUCAGUUGGCUGGACAUUAUCCCUGAACUGGAUCCCUAUAAGUUCUAGCAUUCUAAGAGCAAUGGCAGAUUACCCAUUGAGGAGGUCACCAUCUGUGUCUGAAGAAGCAUUUAUUGAAUCGACAGAGAACACUUAUCAAGAGGAAUAUGCUAGUGCUAGGCCUUUAUCUGAUAGUUCAACAAAGUUACAGACUGACUUUGAUGAGAUGUCAGGUAAUGAAGAAGAUUUACUGUCAAGGGAAGAUAGUUAUGACACAAAAACUGUGGUUGUGAAUGAUAGCAUUGAACAUAACUACCACGAAUUCAAACAGAGUGAACGGUUAAAUUGUGCAUGCCCAUGUUGUCAAAAAAACAGUGUUGUUGUUAGCCAAUUGCAGAGAUCCAAUGACACAAUCAAUGCUUCUAACAGCAAGUUGCAAGAUGAUAUUGCUGCCUAUCAGGAUCGUUGUAGUAAACAAGAGGAUGAAAUAAGUCAAUUGAAAGAGAAAUUGACUCAAAUGGAAGAAGAGAAACAAAGACUUGAAGCUGAGGUGGGAAGACAGUUGUUCUUUGAAAGUAAAGAAAGACGUCGGAAGUUGCUGAAUAAACAUUCCCAUGAGCAAAGUAUGCUUGGUACCACCAGAGAAGCAUCUUAUGAAGGGGAACUACUUCACGAGGCAGGUUCUAUGGACAGAUCAGAGCAAAUUACAACUUGGUGCAAUAAAAAUGGUACUUUAACAGAGGGAGACAGUUUCUUUUGUCCAGAAGGAAAUCAGGUGAAUGAGGUGCCUGAGAGUUCCUAUAAUGAAGCUGAUGAAAUUUCUGAUGAAUCGGAAGAACACAGAGAGAGUAACGAAACUACUGAGAUUGAUGAACAGGCUCCAAUUUGUAGCUGUUCCAUUGGAAACACAUUUUACAGUGAUGGUGAUGUGACUCUCUCUAAUUUAAAUGCAGAUAAUUUACCUGAAUCAAGUUCUAUUAGAGACAUUAGUAAUUCUAGGUUAUUGACUGAGAGUUGUGGUUCAGUUUCUAGUUUGUCACAGUCAUCAACCAAUUCUGCCAAUAAUUUGCAGCCAUCAACAGGAGAUUCAAAUUUAUGUUCAAUUACCACACCUCUGAAUUUUGAUCAAGCUGUGAAGGCUUGGGAGAGUAGUGGAGAGGACAACCAAGAGAGGUAUUUGUUAUCAUUCCUGGAAAAUAGACAAUUUGAAAAUGAAGAGAUGAAAGGAGGGUGUGCUGCAAAGGGUGAAAGAGAAAGGGAAGACCUAGAUAGCUAUAAUAGUUUUUGUGAUGGUGAUCUUGUAGAUGGUUCUGUCAGCAUUCCCAAUAGAACUCAAAGUAGUUUAAAGCUAGUAGAGGUAGAUGUAGCUAGUGUAAAUCAAGGUCCUUUUGCACAUAAAGAUACAACUCAGAAGCAAAAUCUCUCAGUUGUAAGGGUCACUGAUCAAAUAGACACAGGCAUAGAUCAGUCUGAUUGUCACACAAGCAAUCAGUCAAGUAAAUGGGAGCAUCUAGGUGCUAGACCAAGAGACAGACCUUCUAAAGGAAACAGAUCUUCAGAAUGUAGUUCGCUUUGCUUCUCAUCGCUUGACCCGGUUCCUCAACAAGUUGCAGGAGUGGCCAAUGCAUUCCUAGCAAGACACUCUGAAGACAAACAUCUUCAUAAGAGUCUGUAUUACACUUACGCAGAGGAGAUGUUGGCUAAAGAUUUUUCUUCACAAGGCGCAUGCAAUUCUCAUGUAGAGGGUGACUUUCAAGUUACUUCAAGGCCAGAUCCACCAUAUUACUCACCUUAUUCUUCAGUAUUUCCUUUGACUGGGGGAGCAUCUAUUAGAGGAAAUGGUGAAGAUGGCAACCCAUAUCACAACACACUUAAUGGUAAUUCUGUACUUCUACCUGGACCCUUGUAUAGCUAUAUUGGAGGUAAUACCAACACAAACAGUAACUUCAACUCAUUUGAUCCUAAUUUUUUAGCAUCUGACAUAAAAGAGCCUCGACUUCUCCAACAUGACCAAUUUUCAUCUUUGUGUAGUAGUGAUAUUCUACAGUCAGGGUUCACUGGUUCAAGAUUGACCCCUGACUUUCUGGGAACUACAGGACCUCAAAUGACACAUUCUGUAAUUGGUAUACAGAGUAACAUUGGCUUCACUAGAACAUCAGCUUUACCUCUGGAGCCUUUGCAAAUGCAAACACCAUCAACCUCAAAUUUAGGAUUAUUGGCUACUUCAACAAGUAAUACUCAAAGUUAUAGUCACCAACCAAAUGCUUCAACAGAUUUUCAAACUUUAUCUUCAGUGGCAAUGGCUAAUCAAUCAGACAGCAGACUUUUAUUAGAGUUGGAAUUUGGUGGGAAUACCCAUUUGUCACCAGUCUCUUCAUCUUCAAUUAGGGAUGUUGUGGAUAUAUCUGGACGUAGGAACUCAAGCAGCAUAUUGAACACAAUAGGUGAUCAUUUGGCCUCUGGAACCUAUAGAGAAGGGAACAGUGCUGGUAAUUCUUCAAGCUCUUGCAUAACAUCUGGUGCUAAUACGGGAGGAGAUCAUGAUGAAAAUUCUGCCCAGUCUGGAGGUUCAAUACCAAAUGAAAACUAUGGCACAGAAUCAGUGGAGUCCACUGACAACUCCUUGCUUGAGUUGGAACAGCGUGUGGAGGAAGCAUGUGCUAUGGUGGAAAGAGUGCUUAGAGAAAGAGAAGAAAGAGAAGAGUUUGGCCGAGAAAUUGAAAGAAAAGAGCGUGAAAUUCGAGCAGAAAGAGCACGUAAGAAAAGAGAAAGAGAAGCAAGGGAGCUAGAGGAAGCCAGAGGAUGGCCUCAACAGCAGGAACCAGUUACUGGACAAUCUUUAUGGCUUUGUGAGCAUUACCAACGUCAUUGUAGAGUACGUUUCCCUUGCUGUAACAACUUCUAUUCCUGCCACCGUUGCCAUAACAACUCCAAAGAAUGUGACAAUGAGGAAGCUAAAGCAAGCCACGCAACUCACCUUAAAUGCAGCUAUUGUCAUCAUGAACAAGAGAUUGCAGAAGAUAGUGCCAAAUGUCGUAGCUGUGGAGCAAAGAUGUCAGCUUAUUUCUGUGGAAUCUGCAAGCAUUUCACAAGUAUAGACAAAAACCCUUAUCACUGUGAUAAAUGUGGAAUAUGCAGGAUACACAAAGACAAGUCAUUCCAUUGUGAUGUGUGUAAUGUUUGUCUUGACAAACGGCUUCAAGGAAAACACAAGUGCAGACCUGACUCUGGUCAUGAUGAAUGCUGCAUCUGUCUUGAGGAUGCAUUUAGUGGAUGUCAAAUUUUACCUUGCUCACACAAAGUCCAUCGCGAAUGUGCAAUAGCAAUGAUACAGAAUGGGAUUCGCACCUGUCCAGUCUGUCGACACCCACUAUACAGCCCAGCUCCUGAAUGAAAAUCUCUGUUGACGUUUACAAAGUGCUGCAAAUGAACUUCUGCGAUGAUGUUGAUUUGGAAAUUAUUCUUUGAGGCAAAUCACAAUCAAAGUGGUGGAAUCAAGUACUCUCAGGAAGUAAUUGGGGAAUCACAGCCUGGUGAAGCCUAUCCAAUGAAAGAGCCAAUCCUACCUGGUCAAUGUGGACACAAGUUUUACAGUCCAUCACCAGACUGAAAAUUUCAUUGGCACAUUGGUUAUGAUUGGUGA